AUGGAUUGUACGCCCGAACGAGCAGCCCCAGCAGAGAGGGUCACGUUCGCUGUCGAACCCGAUGAGAAUAGAAGUCCUCGUCGAAGUAGCCGUGUCAAGAAGAAUCCCUCUGUCACUCCCAAACGGUUCACCAAGUUCUUCACUCCAAGGCCUCGGAAUGCACAACGUGCCGUUCGAACUUCCCGCAAGGCUCUACAGAACCUGUCCGCAGCCAGCCUGAACAGCCGGUCUCACGCAAGCGGGUUUCUAGACCUUCCUCUCGACGACCAAAACAACCGAGCGCGAAAGAAGCGGAAGCUUUCAUUUUCUUCAAUCCCGUCGAUUCCGUCUUCUCCAAUCAAGAAGGAUCACAGUGCCUUCUCGAGUAGUCAAGAAAACUCUCAGUCCGGACAGCGCCAACCACCUGCGGACAACAAUGAACAUGCCUCGGGCUGUGUCGACACGGAUGAGGAGGAGGAUACAGAAGAAGAGCUACCGGGAAGCAGAUCAUUUCCUCCACGUCUGAUACCCUACCGGUCUAUUAGCUCGUCUGCGAAUCUGUUAUCGAGGCGAAUUGAGGGGAGGAAAACAAUGACAGAGGGCAAUGACAGCAACCUCUGGCAACAUGAGACUGCAAAUUUCUACAGCUCCCCAGACGAUUUAUGCCAUUAUAACCGGUUCGGUCCUCUGUCAGCUCUGCCGUUCUCCGCUGCCGGUUUCAAAACAGUCCCAUUAGUGGCGAUUGGAGAUGAGGAAGGUACAGUGCGUAUCCAUGACGCAGAAGACCCGAGUAUCCCAUACAAUCGGAUCUUCAUGACCAUGUACCCGCAUGACAACGCCAUUAUGGACAUGGAACUUUCUCCGGACGACAGUCUGCUAGCGACGGCGUCCGGGGACCAAACAUGUCGAAUCAUAGACAUGAAGCAGCAACAAUCGACCUACACUCUGCGAGGCCAUGUUGGGUCCAUCAAACGUGUACAAUUCCAGCCAGGUUCUGGCAACAAUGUCCUCGCAACCUGUUCUCGAGAUGGCAGCAUAUGCCUGUGGGAUCUGCGGUGUGCGAAGACCACGGGUUCCUGGGUUCACAAGAACCUCAGCCGCGAACCGGAAUCAUUCCUGUGCCAAAGUGCAACGGUCGAUUGUCUGAACCAGAUACGGGACGCACACACGGCGUUUGACCUCCAUGGGAAAGCCAAGGGCAAGCGCAAGCAAACACCCGUAUCUGCGCGGUCUGACUUCGCAGUGACCACAUGCGCUUUCAUCAGCGCGAGCCGGCCGUACAUGCUGGCCACAGCCUCGGAGAACGAUGCCAUCAUUAAGCUGUGGGAUAUGCGGACAUCAUACAAGUCCCGAAGUGGACGGCCCACACCGGUGUCCGCGACGCUGGAACCCAAAAGCCACGAGGACCACCGACAAUUCGGCGUGACUUCGAUCGCUAUGAGCACUGAUGGGGCGAGACUAUACUCGCUGUGCCGCGAUCAUACCGUAUACGCCUACUCCACGUCCCACUUGGUGCUGGGAGGGGCGCCUGAGAUGUCGCUGACGUCCUCUCAUCCUUUCCGACAAUCGCGCAGUGCCGGCCACGGAUUGGGACCACUGUAUGGCUUCCGACACCCGGCUCUACGAUUGGCCUCUUUCUACGACAAAUUGUCAGUGCGGCACCGAACCGAGGACAACACCGAGAUCAUAGCUACGGGAACCAGGGAGGAGUGUGCAGUCCUGUUUCCCACGGAUGAGCGAUACCUCAACAAAGCCACGCGGCGAAGGACACCCCAGGUUCUCGUAUCGAGGAGCGCCAAUGCCAGUUCUCGGCCGGAGCCUCGACUCACGCGCACUGCGUCAUCGAGGUCGCUCGGCCAACAGCAACAGCAACAGCAGCAGCCCAUGGAAGCCAUCGACGGCGAUUGUCCCAUCUAUUAUCACGGCACUGCGCUGGUCAAUGGCCACGCCAAAGAAGUCACGGCUGUCGCGUGGACGGUCAACGGUAACCUGAUCACCACAGCCGACGACUAUACAUCAAGAUGCUGGCGCGAGGAUGCUCAGCAAGCUAGUUCGCUGCGGCUCAACACUGAUCGUGACCUGGUGAGAUACCAGAGUGGCUGGGCCGAAGUGAGAAAGGGAUACGACGACGACGAGGCGGAGUGA